CGAGCUAAUGAAUGGGAUGAGGAGCUGAUGGACUGAUGAAAGGAGGACCGGGUCGAUGAAGCAUCCAGACCACAACCUGGCGCUCGGAUCCCGGUGCAGGCUUACGAUGACAACGGGCAGCAGCAGAAGGGAUUUGCAUAUUUAGCGUCAACCGCUCACAUUAAUUAUUAUUUAAUUUUUUUUACCCAUAUUAUCACCAGUGAGCUUAGCUGCUGUGUUGCAGGAGGACAGACGUGAUAAUGAAGCUUUGAGUAUGCACCAAGCCUCUUGUCUUUUCUUACAAGACAAGUCGGCAGGCUGUGUUUGUUAUUCCCAAACGGCAGGGAUGGAAAGCCCGGUGUUAAUCCAGUAAAAUUACACAGAGCCGAGGGCGAGAACCAGCGACAAAAACUGGGAUUUAUGGACAGUCGGCUUAUUCAAAUGGAGCUGCUGGGAUGAAUGUGGAGCAGUUUUUUUUUUUUUUUUUUUUUUUACCCGAGGAUAUCUCUUCAUCUCUGUUUCUUUAUCUACAGCUGCUCAUAUUCACAGUGGUGUCCUUUAAGUUUGGAGAGCACAUAGCAGCAGGCAGAGUAUCGACAGCUAGCUCAUUUUGCGGAUCAGUAACGUUACAGACUGAGUCCUUAAGUUAUUUCCAAGGCUAGGUAAACGCUACUUUCCAGUUGUAAUUCUCAGCCUAGACAGGGAAAAAAGUCGAGGUACAUUUUUGAAAUAAAACCACGCUCUCCUUGGUGUCAGUCUCGCCCCGAGUUAGUUUGCUAAUCCUUAUAUUUAGAUGUUUUUUUCUCCCAGCGAGCAUGACUGGAGCUCUGUGUUAGCUAACUGUAAGCUAGCGGCUGGUGUUUUCGGUCAUCAUGCAUGCACCGACACGCUUGUUUGGAUGAACCGACAGCCCCACCAAACCCAAGGGCAGGCCAGCAAAGUCAUGUCGGACUGAACUGAACCCUGGCUCCGGCGUCACGUCAAGUCAAGUCUUGUCUAGUCAAGUCACAGGCAUCAACCAGCUUACUGGGAAGAGGAUAAAACAGCCGCGGCUAGCUCCAAGCCUGCUCACACCGCCCUCUGAGACCACUGAGAGGAUCAUUUCGACUCAACUUAGCCACCAGAUCCACCACAAUGGGAGAGCAGCCUAUCUUCAGCACACGGGCCCAUGUCUUCCAGAUUGAUCCCAACACGAAGAAGAACUGGGUUCCCACCAGUAAGCAUGCUGUCACGGUGUCCUACUUCUUUGACAGCACCCGGAAUGUAUACCGAAUCAUCAGCCUGGAUGGUUCGAAGGCAAUCAUAAACAGCACCAUCACCCCCAACAUGACGUUCACCAAGACAUCUCAGAAGUUUGGCCAGUGGGCCGACAGCCGGGCCAACACUGUCUACGGCCUGGGCUUUUCCUCCGAGAGCCACCUGGCCAAGUUUGCAGAUAAAUUUGCUGAGUUCAAGGAGGCAGCGCGGUUAGCCAAGGAGAAGUCUCAGGAGAAGAUGGAGCUCACCAGCACUCCCUCUCAGGGUGGUGCUGUAAAAAGGAAUGUGUUGUCAGGCAACAAACCCGGUAAAAAGAAGGAGUCAGCGACGGGUGACCUGCAGUCACCUUUGACCCCAGAGAGCAUCAACGGUACAGAUGAUGACAGAGUGACACCAGACACGCCUCAGCACACUGAAGUCAGAGCAGAGCCCUCACAGAACGCACUGCCCUUCUCACACAGUUCAUCCAGCAUCAACAAGCACUGGGAAGCAGAGCUGGCGGCACUAAAGGGGAACAACGCCAAGCUGACAGCGGCUCUACUGGAGUCCACAGCCAAUGUCAAGCAGUGGAAACAACAGCUGGCCGCCUAUCAGGAGGAGGCCGAGAGGCUACACAAACGGGUGACAGAGUUGGAGUGUGUGAGCGGCCAAACCACAGUGAUCAAAUCUCAAAAGACAGAGCUCAACCAAACAAUAGAGGAGUUGGAGUUGGCAUUGAAGACCAAGGAGGAGGAAUUGGAAAGACUUAAAGCGGAGGUGGAGAGUGCCAAUGAGUUCCAGUCUCAGAAAGACUCCCUCGCACAGAAACUACAGGACACGGAGUCGAGGAACCAGAGCCUGGAGGCCCAGCUGAGCGAUCUGGAGCAGCGUCUGGAGAGCAACCAGCUGGAGAGAGAAGCCUUUCGCAAGAGCCUGCGCUCUUUGCUGGAGCUGCUGGACAGCAAGAUCUUUGAGCUCACCGAGCUCCGCGACACGCUGGCCAAGCUCCUCGAAGGCAGCUAGAGAGUACACACACACACACACACACACGCUCACAUCCCUACACACACCACUGCCCCCCCUCCAUCACACUGAAACCACCCACCACGCCAUGGCCAUGCAGCCGGUGCUCAGAGCCACAGAAAUCACCUGCAUGUUGGCACUUACAUCGACAUCAAGUAAAGCGACUUGAAUUCUCUUAUUUUGACACGAACACGGCACACGUGACACAAAAAGUUUACACACAACUUUUAUGCAUAAUGCCACACACAUUUUGCCACAUCCACAUAUUCACAUUGAGAUCGGUACACGUUUACAACGGCCUCGUGAAGAGGCUUUGCUCGGACCAUGCCUUCCCUCCACUCGUCUACCGCCUCUGGAAUAUUCUUGACGCUGACGGCAGAUGUUGUACUCUGAAUGAUCUAUUUUUGUCUCUUUAUCUAACUAGCAUUCCAUUUGAGAGGAUAUUGUUUUGUUUUUGUUUAAAUCAUGGAAAUUGUGCGGAAGAAGCCCUCGCUCUUUUGAACUUGGCUUUGGUGCACUGUGCAGUCACCUUGGAGUCCCAUUUUUUCCCCUUCGCUUUUACUUUUACUUUUUCUUUUGUUUUGGCUACAGUCAGUUGCAUUAAAUCAACACUGAUGUCAUUGUCAGCCAAAUGAACACUCGAGUCAAACGAGGAAGCCUCAGUUUGACUCAGCCGCUCUUUCUUUCAAGCGUUUUCCCGACUCUCAUCCCUUGAUUUUGCUGUUUGAAUGGUGGAGGGUGACGGGCUGGAAUGCCGUGAAGAGGUGACUUCCUGGUGAAAGCGACCGGUGUUCCCCCGUGACUUGGAUCCACUGCAGGAUCACCGAAUGUGGCCGGGGAGGACUUCCUUCUAUUCUACAACAAAUGAGCAAUACAAAAAGGGAGCAUCACAAGUAAAACACUUUUCAGUCUCACUUUCAGGUAAUUUCCUCUUCUCUCGGAUGCGGAUGAGACAAGUUCAGACCACCACCAAGGUCGGGUUUUAUUCAGCUGUGGCUCCAAUAACAGUCUUUCUUUCUAUACACUUUUCUAAGAAUAUAACAAAUUCAUAGUGCACUUGUAAAAAUGGAAUUGUAUGUAUGAGUGAAUCAGACUAUUUUGUUUCCUUUCUCCUCGUUUUGCAAUGACUGAAUCCUGUUUUUGUUAAUUUAUUACCAAUGCUAAAAUAACUGUUAUAGAAGAUAAUUAUCAUGAGUUGUAUUAAAAAUAGUUUUUUUUUUCUUUA